AUGGAGCAGUUUCUAUGGAGGGAGUUACCUUUGCUAACAAUCCUCGUCUCUUUGAUAGUAUUCUUUUUCUUGCAGGAUUCUUACAGGGCCCAGUUACAUACUCACAUCAAGUUACCAGGGAAAAAUUGCAGCCUUCUUCACCAUCGCCAUUUUUGGAUAUCCAGCAAACGCAUUGUGACCCCACAAGGGAUCAUUUCUGGUUCAGUGGAGAUAAAUGAAGGGAAAAUAAUAUCUGUCAUCGAGGGAUAUGUUAAGAAGGGGAAGUCUAAGCAAGAAGUAAUCGAUUAUGCAGAUGCUGUUGUCAUGCCUGGAUUGGUCGAUGUGCAUGUGCAUCUUGAUGAGCCUGGAAGAACUCAAUGGGAAGGAUUUUAUACUGGUACCAGAGCCGCCGCCGCUGGUGGUGUAACCACAGUGGUUGACAUGCCUCUAAACAAUCACCCUACAACUGUGUCUAUGGAAACACUGAAACUUAAGCUUGAAGCUGCAGAGAAUAAAAUCUAUGUUGAUGUUGGAUUUUGGGGAGGCCUAAUCCCUGAAAAUGCACUUAAUACAAGUAUUCUUGAAGGUCUCUUAAAUGCUGGUGUUCUUGGUUUGAAGUCCUUUAUGUGCCCUUCCGGAAUUAAUGACUUUCCUAUGACUACUCUUCACCAUAUCAAGGAGGGAUUGUCUGUGUUGGCAAGAUAUAGAAGGCCUUUACUUGUGCAUGCUGAGAAACAACAUCAUUCUAAAAAUCAUUUGGACCAUAAUGAUAAAGGUGAUCACCGCGCUUACUUGACCUAUCUCAACACCAGGCCACCUUCCUGGGAGGAAGCAGCUAUUAAAGAACUUAUAGGUGUUACACAGCACACUAGAAUUGGUGGCUCUCUAGAAGGAGCACAUGUUCACAUUGCCCACUUGUCUGAUUCAAGUGCUUCCUUAGAUCUAAUUAAGGAAGCAAAAAGUCAUGGUGACAGCGUAAGUGUUGAGACUUGUCCCCAUUACUUAGCUUUCUCAUCGGAAGGGAUACCAAAUGGAGAUACUCGUUUUAAGUGUUCCCCACCCAUUCGUGAUGCAUACAACAAAAAAAAAUUAUGGGAGGCUGUACUAGAGGGACACAUUGACCUACUAAGUUCUGAUCAUUCACCGACUGUUCCUGGACUCAAGCUUCUUGAGGAGGGUGACUUCUUGAAGGCUUGGGGGGGCAUAUCAUCUUUGCAGUUUGAUCUUCCAGUGACGUGGUCUUCUGGGAAGAAAUAUGGGCUAACUCUGGAACAGUUGUCAUUAUUGUGGAGCAAAAAACCUGCAACAUUUGCGGGGUUAGAAGCAAAGGGGGCCAUUGCAGUUGGGAACCAUGCAGAUAUCGUAGUUUGGCAUCCAGAGCAGGAGUUUGACCUGAAUGAUGAUUAUCCUGUUUUCCUUAAACAUCCUGGCCUCUCUGCUUAUAUGGGAAAAAGGUUGUCCGGAGAAGUUCUGGACACGUUUGUGAGAGGAAACCUUGUGUUUAAGAAAGGAAAGCAUGCUCCUGCAGCCUGUGGUAUUCCAAUUCUAGCCAAAUAAUUAGUUAAAUAUUGGUGAUCCCCAUGGUAGUUUGGUUGGGGCAUAAAUAAGAGAUGGAAGUAGCUGCUGGCAUCGACCAUUGAGCUAGCAUUCUCCUUCUCAUUGACUAGUGCAUUAGCAUGUAAUAUUGCAGUUUGAAUGUUUGGACGAUGACAUAUUAAUGUCGUACUUUAAUGUACAUAUAGAUUAUAAUUUUACAAA